ACUUCAAAUGCCUCUUAGUUUCAGUUUACUUUCAAUUUCAUGCCACCUCUCCAACUAUCUUUCGGUGAAGGGUAUUCACAGCUCAGUGUGCAUAGGUUCGAAUAAGCCUCAGAUUCACUAUGCACACUCUGUAUUGUCUUUCGUUUUGGAGUUCUUAGGCGUUGACGCAUUAUACUACGGCCCGGUUUCUGCAGGUUUUACCGUUCUAAUUGGCACGCACGCAUGGCAAAUGUUUUACUCAUUAACAGUUUGGUUAAUUGAAGACCCAGAUAAACAGAUCGGGUAACCCAAAACCCAGUUCACAUAUAUCAUGCGCUCCCGGUUGUGGCGAGCAUAUUAAUCACAUCGAAAUGCGUCGGCCAAGACAACACAACUUGAACUCGAUCCUCGUUCCGAUCAGCAUCACUUUGUUUUUAAUCACUGGGACAUGUGGCAUGCUGCUUUAUCCCUCAGGCUCGGUGCUGCAGCUGACGACGUCGAUGUCCGUGCCUUUUGAUUUGAACAAGCGAAAGGUGUUCAUGGAUUUGGGCUUUCAAAUGAACUAUAAUCUGCCCUUUAAUCUUGCCGCAUUCUACAAUCCAGCCUUCUGGUCCAAUCCGUAUGAGCGACGUGGUAAGCGCGAAUUGUAUAACUUCACUGGCUCAACCAAUGAGCUGCUCGUUACUGAGAGUGGCAUCCAUCCAAGGGACUUCACUGCCGGCGAGCUGUAUGCGGGCAUUGAAAACCUUCUGCCGGACUACGGCUUCCACAGAUCCUGCUUGCUCCGCAGCGUCUGCGAAUUGGCUCUACAUCCCUUAGCAGAUGAUCACGGCUAUAGCCAGAGUCUGGUCGUUCAGAUUAUCAACCUUAUGCUAACGCCGUCGCAGCAUGAAGGCUUCGGUCCCCACGAAAAGUUAUAUCAACAUCGAUAUGAACGCGCUGAGAGAUUAGGCUUCAUGGGCGGCGAUUGCCAAAAAGCGUAUCCCAAAUGUGAAUUGGAUGUGCUGAGCAUAGUUACCAAGCUAGUUAGAUGAAAUAAAAUUAAACGAAAUCUAUAAUUAAAAGAAUAUAAAUGGAUUUGGAAGUGUCAAUUUGGUGCUUGUGUGGGACUGAGAGGAUUAUGGAUUACGGAUGAACCGAAAUCAAAAGGA